AUGUCAGAACGAGAUUCCACCUUUGAUACACAAGACCAAGAGGAGAAGCAGCCGAAUGCUACCGUCUCGUCCACAACUUCGGCACGAGUUAGUCGAACAAGUCGGCGUUUCCAGGUGUUGGAGGGUCAAGGAUUCAUAGUCGGGAAGACACUUGGAACUGGGUCUUACGCGUGCGUCAGAUCAGCAUACGAUGUCAAUCGAAAACACAAGGUUGCAGUCAAGAUAAUUUCCAAACGAAAGGCACCCGAUGAUUAUCUAACGAAGUUUCUCCCGCGAGAAAUAGACGUGAUCAAGAUUCUGAAGCAUCCAUCCUUGAUCGCUUUUUAUCAGGUCAUAGAGACAACAACGAGAUUCUUCCUGGUCAUGGAACUAGGAUGUGUUGACCUUCUGGACACCAUACGUGAGAAAAAGAUGAUUGAAGAAGAUGUUGCCGGGGUUUGGUUUUAUCAACUCCAAGAUGGCAUGUUGUAUAUGCAUAACAAAGGUAUUGUCCAUAGAGACAUCAAGUGCGAAAAUCUUCUCUUAGAUUAUAAACAAAAUUUGAAAGUCACCGAUUUUGGAUUCGCAAAGAAGAUCACCAAGAGCAAAUCCGGGGAGGUGAAACUUAGCGAGACAUAUUGUGGAAGUUAUGCUUAUGCACCUCCCGAGAUUCUGAAGGGACAAGCGUAUGAUGCAUUUCUGGCUGACGUUUGGAGCAUUGGAGUUGUACUGUUUACAAUGCUAUACGGUCGCCUUCCAUACGAUGAUUCGAACCACAAGAAGUUACUAAAGCAAGUCCAAAGCCGUGUGUCAUUUCCGUCAAAACCGGAAGUGAGUGAACAGUGUCGAAUUUUAAUUCUGAAAAUGUUGACGCGAUCACAAGAACGAAUUCCAUUGGGAAAUGUUAGAUUUGAUCCCUGGUACAAAAAAUACAAGCCCAAUUCCGCACAAUCUACGGAGGUUUUAAAUCCAUGUGGUUCUGGGGCCCAAUGUAAAACAGAAACAAUAGAAAAAGCGGCACCAUUAGCAACUAUAGAUUCCGUUAUGCCAUCAGAAUAG